GAAUAGUAAGGAGAUCAAAAUUGAUGAAAAAUGUACAAGAUGAAAAGAAUCAACUGUUAUAUGGUCGAGAUUUGAAAAAAAUAAUUCUGAACUUGAGAAGACUUUCAAGGAUACAUUACGAAAUUCUGGAUUCAUUGGUGAAACUAAAUUCCGUGAUGUCUUUAGAUAUUGCUGUUUGGAUGACUUCGAAUUUCAUUAACCUUGUAACAACAAUUUUUAUCAUCAGCAUGUCGCUACAUUCUGGUCAGCUAGCUGUGUUGCACUUUUUGUGGUUUUUCUUUGAAAUAUUCAAGGUUUAUUUCAUCAUCUCGAUUUGGAGCGAAGUAUCUGAUGAGGCAAACAAAAGUGUUACUUUAAUCCACGACAUUUGGAAUGAAUAUAUGCAAAAUGGGAGAUUCCAGAGGGAACUACUCUAUCUGCAGUAUAUUUGCAUGAGGAUGCAUGCAACAAAAUUGAAACUCUCUGCAUAUGGAUUCUUCCCUUUGGUCAAAACAAUUCUGCACUCUAUUGUGGCUUCUUCUACAAUGUUCAUUAUUAUCCUCAUUCAACUGAAAACAUGAGCCUCUAUUGUUAGAAGACGAAUGUCAAGGCGACACAUCAAUUGGGGUGUACUAGAAGUUGUUUAGUUAAUAUGCACCUCUUUUUCUAGUAGAUACAUAA